GAAACGUGGCAAGCAGCAGGAGCAGAGAGAGAGCACAGGCAGAAAAAUAAAGACACACUCUGAUGUCUUGAGAGAGCUCUUUGCCUGCUCUGGAAUCUGCUCUCCCACCACCACCCAUGUUUCAAUAUUUAAAACGUCGCUCUGUCCCCAAUUCCCCAGGCUUGUGUUGGAAUAGCUCAGGAUGUGGGAUCCAGAUCGAGCCCUCUUGGAAACAACAAAAUGGGGCUUAGUUUUGACAGAAAGAGCUGGAACAGUUUCCUUUCAUGCGAGACCUUCCUAGUUCAGCAGAAUAGACACUGGACAGGUUACAAUUCCACCCGAUCUUACUCCAGCUCAGAGAAAUCCAGUCCGGCCAUACGUGCAAGAAGCUAAAUAUCACUACUUGCACCUAAAGAUCGCAUGACCGAUGUUGACAUCUCAGGUGAUAAAAUCCACACAGCCAAACCAAAGAUGACACUCUCCAGAGGGAAGGCGAUUCUGUUGUUGAUUUCCUUCUUCGCAGUCCUGUCGCUGGCUGUUUUUGCUUACUUGGACAGGGAUAGAACAUUGAUGUGGAUGUACCACAACAGGAGCCUAAAGUUUGCUGUGUUCAAAAACCAGUCGGAGCAGUGGUUGACCAUCCCCGACUGGUAUAACUCAAAACAAGACUACGCUAAUAAGGAACCGAAGGGGCUACUAUUGACUGACUGGUUUAAGCCACGUGCACGGACAGACAUGCCCACCCUGACCUCUUGGUUAGCCCCCCUCAUAUGGGAUGGAACAUUCAAUAAAUCAGUCUUGGGCGACUACUACAAGCAGCAAAGAGUCACUGUCGGCUUAACAGUUUUCGCCAUUGGGAAGUACCUGGACAGAUACCUGAAGAACUUCUUAACCUCUGCAAACAUCUUUUUCAUGCCCGGCCUCAAUGUGAUCUUCUACAUCAUGGUGGACGACCUCACCAAAGUGCCGCUGAUUGAGCUGGGCCCCUUGCGGGCCCUGAAAGUCUUUGAAGUGCAAAAGCAGAGCCGGUGGCAAGAAGUCAGCAUGAUGCGGAUGAAGGUGAUUGGAGACCUCAUCGAGAGCCACAUCCGACAUGAGGUGGACUUCCUCUUCUGCAUGGACGUUGACCAGGUCUUCCAAAGCAACUAUGGGGUGGAGACUCUUGACGAGUCUGUGGCCCAACUCCAAGCUUGGUUUUAUAAGGCAGACAAGGACUCGUUUACGUACGAGAGGAGCUCCGAGUCGGCUGCAUUUAUCCCCUAUGGGGAGGGGGACUACUAUUACCAUGGGGCCGUGUUUGGGGGCACCCCCCUGCGUGUCCUUGACCUCACCAGGAAAUGCUACAGAGGUAUUAUGCAAGAUAAAGAGCAUAACGUUGAAGCCUUGUGGCACGACGAAAGCCACUUAAACAAAUAUUACCUCCUCAACAAACCGACCAAGGUGUUAUCUCCCGAGUACUGCUGGGAUUAUAAAAUUGGCAUCCCCCGUGAGAUUAAAAAUAUCAAGUUAUCCUGGAUGCCGAAAGAAUAUGACGUGGUUAGAAAUAAUUUGUGACUCUUCGGAGUUCCUGAAAUCACAACAUGAGGGGUGUUGAUGGAUCGUUUCAGUCACAGACUCUGUGUCUCUGUGGAAAAGAGAACAACCUUUGCCAAAAUGUUUUAAUUCAAUAAACUGUGAAGUUCCCCCGUCCUUUCUCAA